AUGAAAUCGGUUUAUAAUGGCGAAUCAUCUGUUUUGGAAUCAUUGAUGUCCUUGAACUCAUUCACGUCACAAAGGCCAUACUCGAUGACAUUAAUACACAAAGGUGUCAGAACACAGUUCGAACGUAUCUUAGACAUAUUCACAGCUAUCGAUCUCUCUUCUAACAAUUUUGAAGGGGAUAUCCCAUUAUCAAUCCAAGAUCUUCGAGGGCUUGAAUCACUUAAUCUUUCCAACAAUCAUUUUCAGGGACGCGUGUUUCCAUCAUUGGGGUACCUAGAGAAUCUCGAAUCUUUAGAUCUCUCUCGAAACAAGCUAUCUGGAGAAAUUCCUCAACAAUUGGUGCAACUCGGCUUUCUUGCUAUUUUCAGUGUGUCAUUCAACAAUCUUGAUGGGCGUAUACCACAAGGGAAACAGUUUAAUACAUUUGAGAAUAGCUCUUAUGAAGGGAAUCCUCGAUUAUGUGGAGAACCUUUAUCCAAUGAUUGUCGAAAUUGGAAUGUAUCAAGAUCUGAAACAACAAGCGAUGAAUCGGAGUCCCUAUUCCCAAGUGAAGGAAUUGAUUGGGUGUUUGUAUUUUGUGGAGUUGGAAGUGGGCUAGUUAUUGGGAGCUUUCUAUCUACAAGAUAUAUUGAUCGAUUCACAAAGAGGAAGAUCGUAUAG